AUGAGUAAAAGAAUUGUAAGUGAUUCCACUGGCCUUUACAAGCUGAAUAUUGUUAAUAAAGAAAAAAAUAGUCAGGAUUCAGCUACGGGCCGAAACUCUACAGAAAAAGAGGAGUUGGAAAAUGAGAAGCCAUCUUCACAACCGCAAUCACCACGGAGGGCCGCUUUAAAAAUUAACAUAGCUAAUGACUUGAAGGAACCUGAAGAAACAGAAGACGAAAUAAUAACCAAGAUUGCCCAGGUAGAAGAUGAAAUUUUACAAUGCGAAUCAAAAUUGUCUAGCUUAAAAGAGGAGUUGAAGAUCCUGCAAGCUAAACUUCAACCAGUUGUCAAACAAGCAGAAAGUGUACCUGAGAGCAGAAGAAGCAGUCGUUCAGACUUCAGAUCCAAAGUGAGGAGCAUCUCUCCCCAAAAGUCUGUUCCAGGAUCCCCUACUUCAAAAUGGAAACUGUUCAAAGAAAAUGGCUCCAGUUUGCUUAAAAAGUUUAAAGAGUUCACCAUUGACGAUGAGGAUGAACAGGAGUAUGAUGAUUUGAUGGCAAAAAAUAAGAAUAGCGGAAUUCAUCAUUUCACUGUAAAAAAUGGAUUAAACUACAACUAUGACACUGAUUCUGAAUCAGGCGAUGAAACCGAUGAUAAAUCCAGCGAAGAGGAUUAA